AUGGACAGAGGUGACGAAAAACCAAUCUUUGAGUACCUUACAUGUUAUAGUCGUACCGUUGAUUCAGCUCUGCUCUAUGACGUCGUGACCUGGCAGAUUGAUGAAGCUCUACACGUUCGUGGCAAGAACGAAUAUCCACUUGUGAAUUAA